AAAAUUCUAGUUAAAACAGUGCUCGUGAUAAAUGACUAGAUACUACUAGACUAGUUGUAACCAUUCUGCUCCAUCCGACCUGGUUCCCACAGACCUGGCUCUCUGUGGGUGCAAGAACGCGACUUCGUGCCAUGCAGUGUAAUGAGUUUUUCAAUGGUUGCCCGUACCACACUAAGCGUAUAGAGACUGUUGGACUGAUAGUGCGCUCAAGCCAGCUGCAUUAAUCCGAACCUUCCAGGUUUGAGUUCACCAGACCGUGCCAGAAAAACAAAAUAAACGAAUUUGCAUGCAAACCAGUUUGCCGGUAAUCAAUCGAGUGAAUCGAAUGAAAAAUUACCUGCCAUCAGAUUUGCCGUUACCGUUGCACCGCAGCCGACAUCGGAUGGACUUGAGCCGGAUAAUCCCGCUGUUAGCGAUAUUAUCAACAGUGUUCACUGGUGCUAGCGGUUCCGGUCAUGGAGCAGAGAGCCGUGGCUGGUGGCAGGACACGGUUUUCUACCAAAUCUAUCCCCGUUCGUUUAUGGAUAGCAAUGGCGAUGGGAUUGGAGAUAUUCAAGGUAUUACAUCGAAGCUAUCGCACCUGGCGGACGCUGGCAUUGGGGCGACCUGGUUGUCACCAAUUUUCCGUUCACCGAUGGUUGACUUAGGCUAUGAUAUUGCUGAUUACACCCAGAUUCAACCGGAGUAUGGUACGAUGGAGGAUUUCGAUGAGAUGCUGUUGGAAGCAAAUCGAUUGGGGAUUAAGAUAGUGCUGGAUUUCGUGCCCAAUCAUAGUAGUGACCAGUGCGAGUGGUUCCAGCGGUCCGUGGCUCGGGAUCCAGAGUACGAAGAUUUCUACGUAUGGCAUAAUGGUCGGAUGAAUCCUGGGGGAGGACCCCCGUUGCCACCAAACAACUGGCAAUCUGUCUUCUACGGCUCGGCUUGGACGUUUCACCCGGAGCGGGGCCAAUUCUAUUUACAUCAAUUUACCAAAGAGCAACCGGAUUUAAACUUCCGCAAUCCAGCUGUGGUGGAACGGAUGAACGAUGUGAUGCGAUUUUGGUUGGCGAAAGGUGUAGCCGGAUUUAGGAUUGAUGCCGUCAACCAUCUGUUUGAGGUGGAAGACUUUAGGGACGAACCGGAAACGGGAACGGAUACGGAUCCGCUUUCCUAUGGAUUUACCCAUCAUUACUAUACGAAAGAUCUGCCGGAAGUUUAUGACAUGGUGUACAAGUGGCGCUCUCUUCUGGACGAUUGGACGCAAGCCCAUGGAGGUCCAGCCAAGAUAAUGAUGACCGAAGCGUAUGCCAACAUUACUUUCACGAUGAAAUACUAUCAAUCGACGGAUGGUACUCGCAGUGGGUCACAUUUACCGUUUAAUUUUUUGCUCAUUACCGAUCUGACAGAGGCAUCCAGUGCUCAAGAUUUUGUUUUCACCAUCAACAAAUGGUUGACCUAUAUGCCUCGGAAUCGGGAUGCAAAUUGGGUGAUCGGAAAUCACGAUCAGCCCCGAGUAGGAUCGCGGUACGGCGUGGAAAGAAUCGAUGCGGUUAACACACUGUUGAUGACAUUGCCUGGCGUUGCAGUGACCUACUACGGGGAGGAAAUUGGAAUGGUGGAUUAUAAGAACAUUCCAACCACAAAUGAGCAGUUAGAAACAAUAAAAUCCGAUGUUUUCAUAGAUUUUUCAAGGGAUCCCGAGCGAACUCCGUUUCAGUGGGAUGAUAGUAAGAAUGCUGGGUUUUCUACAGCAGACAAAACUUGGCUUCCAGUUAAUCCUAAUUAUAUAAGACUGAACUUGAAGCUGCAGAAAGAAGCAGAGAAAAGCCACUACAAAAUAUAUCAACAGUUGGUAAAAAUAAGACAAGAGGAAACAUUUCGCAGAGGAACGAUCCAGUUGGUUCCGUAUAACGAGGAGAUAGUCACCUUCAUCAGGGAACUUCUUAAUCACGACACUUUCGCCAUUAUUUUUAAUUUAGGUUCCAGACCACAACUUGUAGACCUGUCAGUUUUUCCUCGACUUUCCGACCAACUCACGGUUGCAGUGGUGUCGUCUUCCUCCAGCUAUAAAGUAGGUGACAGAGUUCAACGGGACAGCAUCUUCUGUGGGCCCUACGAUUCCCUGGUGCUGCGAGAAAGCCCGACCACCCAUCGGCGGCUGUCAUUAUUCGGUGUGCCCUUCUCGCUGCCCACGGCUGUACUGCAGUCGGUAACGCAGGAUACGGUCAUAAUUGCUUCUACAAUGAUUGGUCUCGCUGUUGCCGGUUUUCAUAUCUACCGCCGUGGGGGAGGAAUUGGGGGUGGCCGUGAUGGAAUGUCAUACACUAUGGCAUCCGUAGCUAGCUGGCUAGGCCUGGACAAAGAGUGCUCUUUUAGACUGUGAAAAAUCGUGAUGCCUGAGCAGGAAGGAAGUUUCCGGAAGUUGAAGCCCAACAACAGGAUGUGCUGCAUUGUGCUCGAUAGGUACCUGUUGUGCUGGUUCGCGGUGGGUGAAUACAGAUUACUGCUUGGUAAAACUGUUUGCACCGUAGAGGGUUGU